AUGACAUCGGAACUUUUUAACUCAAUGGAAAAUGUUAAGUGUAACGAGGUGGCAGGUGCAAUGUAUGCGUUUCCAAGGAUAACACUUCCAAAGAAAGCUAUCGAGGCAGCCAAGGUAUCAUGUCUUGUUUCCGGCCCUGAUUUCUAGUGCCACACUGCAGAAUACUGUCAGUAAUGGAUAUCCUAGGUGUACGGUAAUCCGGAUUCCGGAACCCAGGAAUUUUUUUCUUGUAGACUGAUCCGGAAUCAGUUCAGGGGUUUGAAAUUCGGAAUUCAGACCCGGUUGUUCAUAAGAUGCAUAGCUCUAUCCACCGGAUAAAUCACUAUCCAGUGGAUAGGUAUGAGCGAAACCAAUUGCACUAUCCACUGGAUAGAGAUUUAUCCGGUGGAUGGCGUUAUCCACCUUUUUAACAGCUGGGGCCUGCUCUAUAUAUGAAGCCCGGAAUCUCGCUAACGAUUGGAAUCUGGAAUCCACGUUUCAUGGACAAGGAAUACUGAAUCCAGUACCCGCCAUCCGGAUCUACAGCAUAAAAUCCGCAAUCCACAACGUCCGAUCCAGAAGCCAACGUUUUCGUGGAUGGACCUUAUAUUAGAAGAAUGCCAACCCGUUUCUCGUCGUGUCAGUUUUCAUAAAAGGCGUUCUUCGGUUAGAAAAAGUGAAAAGGACGCUAUAUGAUCCCUUCUUAUUCAGGCUGCUGAUAAUGUCCCGCGAAACUUAAAAUUUCACUUUCUCAACUUUCCAUAUUGCAUUACUAAAUUCCAUAUGUCGUAUUGAUCUAGUACCAGCUCCCAGUCAAGGCUUCAUCGAGGGAUUCUUUGAAAUACAGAUAUUCCCCUCACAAGGAAAGUAUGUAUGUGGUCUGUUUGGUGAGCGAAGUGAAAGGAUUUUGGGUGGACAAAAGUAAUGUGUAGAUAUUUUUUGAGUUUACUGAGUUUUUUGUAUUGCCAUUGUUAUUUAGGCCAAGGAAAUGCCACCAGACGAGUUUUACUGUUGGCAGGCGCUGGGGAAAACUGGAAUUUACAUGAUUCCUGGCCACUUUUUUUAUAUGAAAGGUAGCGGUAACAACUUUUACUACAGGUAAGAUUUGAAUUAACAAGGGCCAUCAACUUCAGGUCGAAAUUUUGAUGAUUUUAAAAACCUCUCUGUGAUAUCAUUUGUGUCACAAGAUUUUCACAGGCUUGUCUAAUAUAUUUAGAUCGAUUAGAUUGACUGCACCUUUAAAUUUGAAAGGACCCCUCUUUCCACCCAACCCCCCAAAAUUCUACCUUUGUACCACAGGAACACCAAAUUAGGAUGCGUUCUGACGAACGCAAUGAGGGUAUACACAGAUCGGCCCAUAGCCGGAGUGAUGGGGGCUUAGUGGAGGGCCUGCAACUGAGAUAAAGUUGGUGUUUACAAAUAGAAGGGCUUACAACCGGGAUUAUACGGUAUGGACCAGCGCUUAAACUUACGUAGGAAAAGGCGUCCUAAAAGCGACUCGUCUGUAAAAGCGACGUUGUGUCAGCGUGUGAAAGUCUGAUGAAAUUGGACCAAGUUUUAUCUCCAAUUUAUGGGUUAAAAUAAUCUAAAACGUUUUGAUUUUUCAGACCACUAUCAAUACGAAGGAAAUAACUUUAAACGGUUUCAUGUUUUAAUUUUUCUUGGUAGGAUCACUAUUCUUCCUUCUGAAGAGACGUUUGCUCCAAUGUUUGAGCGACUAAGAACCUUUCACCAAGAAUUCAUGGCGCAGUUUAAGGACACGAACUGA